GCUCCGCCGCGCGGCCAGUCCCUCCACGGCCCUCCCCUGCCCACGCCCCCACCCCCCGACUGGGUUUUUCUCCCCUUUGCGAAGCUUGGGCCAGGGGCCCGGGUGCGAACAGAACCCAAGACCGCCACACUGGUGGAACUCGGAGUUGUGCUCGGAGGUGCGCGGGCGGCGUGGGCGCAGAAGGGGCGGCGCCGGGCCCUCCCCACCGGGGCUGGACGGUGCAGUAGGUCUCCGGGCCCCGCGCCGCUUUGUUCCGGGCCUUUACGGACGACCUCACCCCACUCUGCGAUCCCAGGGGCUGGCGGGGGGCGUGGGCUGACGGCGACUGUUGGAGGGACGUCCUUUCGCCGAGAAUCCCCGAGGCGCUAAAAGACAUCAAAGGACACUCUGGUCGUGCAGCGGAUCCCCCGCGUGGCGCCAACAAAAGAGGCUGACGGAGGUGCCCUUCGGGGGGCGGCGACCUGAAAGUGCAGCCGAGGGAGGAGCGCCGAGCGCAGCGCCCCGACCGGACGGAGGGGGACGCGCGUGGGCCGCGCCUUGUUCCGGGCCCUGCGGCCCCCGAGGCUCCCACGAGGAAAGUUUGCACCCGACGCUUCCGGCCGCCCGCGCCCUCCAGGCCCUGCCCACGGGCGCCGCCCGGGCCCAGCUCCGGGGACAGUCGUGUCGCGAUGCCUGGGGCGUGCGCCCGGGGCCCCGCCGCCGGAGACGGGCGGCUGCGGCUGGCGCGGCUGGCGCUGGUCCUCCUGGGCUGGGUCUCGUCGUCGUUGCUCCCCUCCUCAGCGUCUUCCUCCACCCCGUCGGGCUCGUUUCUGGCCUCCGCGGGGUCCGCCCCGCCGCCGAUGCUGUUGGGCCAGUGCCCUGCGCGGUGUGAGUGCUCGGAAGCGGCGCGCACGGUCAAGUGCGUGAACCGCAACCUGGAGGAGGUGCCGGCCGACCUGCCCCACUACGUGCGCACCCUCUUCCUCACCGGCAAUCAGCUGGCGACGCUGCGGCCCGACGCCUUCGCCCGCCACCCCCCGCUGGCCGAGCUGGCCGCGCUCAACCUCAGCGGCAGCGGGCUGAGGGAGGUGAGCCACGGAGCCUUCCAGCACCUUCCCAGCCUGCGCCAGCUCGACCUCAGCCACAACCCGCUGGUCCACCUGAGCCCCUGGGCUUUCUCGGGCAGCAAUGCCAGUUUCACGGCCGCCAGCCCGCUGAUGGACCUGAUCCUGAACCACAUCGUGCCGCCCGCGGCCCAGAUGGAGAACCGGAGCUUCGAGGGCAUGGUGGCAGCGGCCCUCCGAGCGGGCCAGGCGCUCCGCGGGCUCCGCCGCCUGGAGCUGGCUAGCAACCACUUGCUCUACCUGCCCCGGGACCUGCUGGCUUCCCUGCCCGACCUUAGGCACCUGGACCUGCGCAACAACACGCUGGUGAGCCUGACUUACGUUUCCUUCCGCAACCUGACACACCUGGAGAGCCUCCACCUGGAGGACAACGCCCUCAAGGUCCUGCACAAUCGCACCCUGGCCCAGUUGCAAGGCCUGCCGCAUGUCAAGGUCUUCCUGGACAGCAACCCCUGGGUCUGCGACUGUCAGAUGACAGACAUGGUGGCCUGGCUCAAGGAGACAGAGGUGGUGCCGGACAAAGCCAGUCUCACGUGCGCGUUCCCCGAGCAGAUGAGGAAUCGAGUCCUCUUGGAACUCAACAGCUCGGACCUGAACUGUGACCCGAUGCUUCCCCCGUCUCUGCAGACGUCUUAUGUCUUCCUGGGUAUUGUUUUAGCCCUGAUAGGUGCCAUUUUCCUUCUGGUUUUGUAUUUGAACCGCAAAGGAAUAAAAAAGUGGAUGCAUAACAUUCGAGAUGCCUGCAGGGAUCACAUGGAAGGUUAUCACUACAGAUAUGAAAUCAAUGCGGACCCCAGAUUAACAAACCUCAGUUCUAACUCUGAUGUCUGAGGAGCAUUGGAGGACAGAGCAAGGACGGCUGUGCAUGAGAUGUAGGCAUAAGCUUUAUCCUCUUCUAGGCUUUGUUCCACCUCCAUACUCAGCUCUAGACACCACUGACCUUGCUUGAAAGCUGUGAUGGGAAUUUGCUCCCUUGUUAUGUAAAGUUUCUUAGUGUUGUCUGUUACAGUGAGGCCAUGAACAACUGUGUGUAGUGUUUUGCCUUCUUACUUUUCUCGGAACUCAACAAAAAUUGGAGGGAUUUUUCCAGUUCAGCAUGAACACGGAGUCCUGGCUGUGUCUGGCUGUUUCUUAGUACAGUUCAGGGGUAAUAAGUGUACUCAUACAGUUAGCAUUCGACAGAAGCUGCCUCAACUUUUAUGAGAAAGGUUUCUCGAACUUUAUUCAUAAAUAUCAUUUUAUUCUCGUGUACCUAAAUUGUGGGGAAAAUGAUUGCAUUCCAUAAGCUGCCCGCAGACCUUAGCAAGCUCUUCAGAAUAACUCCAUAGUACAUGGGAGCGCCUGCAUCCAAGAGCAUGCUUACAUGUUACUGUUCUGCAUAUUACAAAACAAAAACCAAACAGCAAUUUGCAGUUUCAGAUAACUUCUUUGACAAAGUAAGUUCCUUUUUUGGAUUGCAGUUUAUAUAAAACUAUACCGAAGUUUUUAAAUAAACUGCAUUGAGAUACAGCAGAUUAAAUUGUUAAAAAAAAUUCAAUAAAGAUUCCUAAAAGAA